AAAUCAUAAAUCAAGAAAUGUUAUCUUUAAGGAUCUGAGAUAUCAAAACCCCAUCAUCCACAAGUGGCCCAACGGUAUCAAAUUUGGCGUGUUUAGCCUCUGAAAUACUAAAUGACCCUGAGGGAAUAAACAAGUUCUAAAGCAAACUUAUGAAGUGUUUACAGCCCAUUCAUCCUUGGCUUAUUCACUCAACAUCAGCUCUAUUAAGCCUCUGAGUAGAUGGCUUGGCAGAAAGGGCACAUGAGUUGGCUCUCACCAGUCAUCUUCUGCAUUUGAUUCAACAGGCCUCUGGGGGCAAGUGUUUCUGACAGUGAUGCACAUGCACAUGUGUGAGAAAACGUCUUCAGUUACCAUCUGCCCCUGCCAUGUUUAUUUUUAUCCCACUCACGGCUCCAAUCCAAGACUCGGUUCUCUCUCUCUCUUAUCUGACAAAAGACCACCCAAUAACCAAUUCUCUGGUUCUUCCUCAUUUCCUCACGUCCGCGGAGCAAUGAACGAUAGUCCCUUGCAAGUGUUGACUUUCCCUACUGCUCCGUACCAUGACCAGAGGCCUGGAACCAGUGGUUUAAGGAAGAAGGUCCAUGUUUUCCGGUCUAAGAAGAACUAUCUGCACAACUUCAUUCAAUGUAUCUUCUCUUCCAUCGACCUGCGGGACAGGCAGGGCUCAACUAUGGUGGUGGGAGGAGAUGGACGCUACUUCAAUUCGACUGCCAUUCAGGUCAUAGUGCAGAUGGCUGCUGCAAAUGGGGUGGGUCGUCUUAUAAUCGGUCAGAAUGGCAUCAUGUCAACACCAGCUGCGUCUUGUGUCAUCAGGAAGAUCAAAGCUAUCGGUGGAAUAAUCCUAACAGCCAGCCACAACCCCGGAGGACCUGAUGGAGACUUCGGCAUCCAGUUCAAUACUGCCAAUGGAGGUCCUGCACCAGAGUCUGUGACAAACAAAAUCUUUCAAAUAAGCAGAUCUAUAGAGGAAUAUGCCAUCUGUCCUGAACUCAGACUAGAUCUGGCAACCAUUGGCAAACAAUCCUUUGAUCUCGAAAACAAAUUCAAACCUUUUACAGUAGAAAUUGUGGAAGCGGUUGAAUCCUAUGCCAACUCUUUGAGGAAUAUCUUUGACUUUGCUGUUCUGAAGGAGUUGCUCUCAGGAGAAAACCAUAUACAGAUCCGUUUAGAUGCCAUGCACGGAGUGGUUGGGCCGUACAUAAAGAAGAUCCUGUGUGAGGAGCUGGGCUGCCCUGCAAACUCAGCCAUUAACUGUGUACCUCUGGAGGACUUUGGAGGACGUCAUCCAGACCCAAACUUGACCUAUGCUGCUGACCUUGUUGAGACAAUGAAGAGUGGGCAAUAUGACUUUGGCGCUGCUCUUGAUGGUGAUGGUGACCGUAAUAUGAUCCUUGGGAAGCAUGGCUUCUUCGUAAACCCAUCAGACUCUGUCGCUGUCAUUGCCGCAAAUAUCUUCUGCAUCCCUUACUUCCAGCACACAGGUGUAAGAGGCUUCGCUAGAAGUAUGCCCACCAGUGCAGCUCUUGACAAGGUGGCUAAAGCCACAAAGAUCCAACUAUAUGAGACACCAACAGGCUGGAAGUUCUUCGGGAACCUGAUGGACGCAGGUCGUGUUUCGCUUUGUGGGGAGGAAAGUUUUGGCACAGGUUCAGAUUAUAUACGUGAGAAGGACGGGCUUUGGGCCGUGCUGGCAUGGCUUUCUAUUAUAGCCACAAGGAUGCAAAGUGUAGAAGAUAUCAUGACAGAACACUGGAGAACCUACGGCAGGAACUACUAUACCAGAUUCGACUAUGAGGAUGUGAAUUUGGAUGCAGCUGUGGAGAUGAUAUUGGAUCUUGAGCUGAUGAUUUCUGACAAGGCAUUCAUUGGGCAAAUAUUUACUGUGGGGGGGAAGAAAUACCAGGUGGAGACAGCAGAUAAUUUUGAGUACAGUGAUCCUGUGGAUGGAACCAUAUCAAGAAACCAGGGCCUGCGGAUCAUUUUCACAGGAGGUUCACGCAUAAUAUUUCGUAUCAGUGGCAGCGAUACUUUUGGAGCCACAGUUCGUUUGUACAUCGACAGUUACGAGACAGAUGUAAACAAGAUAUUUCAAGACCCACAGGUGGCGCUGGCGGAACUCGUAACUAUUGCCCUGCAGCUUUCACAGAUCCAUGAAAGAACCGGGCGAAGUGGGCCUACUGUUAUUACAUGAUUACUUUUAUAAUAGCCUUUUUAUUCACCUGUUUUUUAAAGGGGAAAACAAAACUGUAAACAUUUUCUUCACUAUAUUACCUGUUCUUUUGUCAGCGUUUACUGAUCAGAGCAUAGCUUUCCCAAGCCCUGCACCGCAAAAAGGGCGUGGCUUAUUAUGUGCGUACGCCACGUUGAGGUUACCAAGCAACGUUCAAGAGUACACAGACUCAUAAACAAGGGCUAAUCUUGCAAGAAAUGACAGUCAAAUAAUCGAAUAAGUCUUUAAAAGUCGUUCACCCAUUUCUAAAGAAGCUGACAUGCUGUCCUCUGCUCCAUCAACACAAAUCAAGAACAACCUGGUGAACAACAGGCUGGAGAGUGAGAAUAACGUUUGUUUUUCAACAAUCCUGACACACAUAUCACAUUAAGGGAAUAAUCUUAACACUUUCCAUCACAGAUGCUGUUACAGAUAUUUGUCUGGACUCAGAACAGAGGCAAGACCACAAAACUCGCUUUGCUAGCUUUAUCUCUGUGUAUUCUCAUGUUUUUCCUUUCUUUCAUUUCUAAUAGUUUGAUAGUCAUAAAAAUCCACAUGCACUGUAUAAAAGUAGCCUGUUAUUUUUUACAAGACAUGUAUGUAGAAUUCACUUUGAGGAGUAUAUCAACUUUUGGAUGAAGAUUGCCACCACUAACUCUGAGGUUUUGAUGACAAGAAAAAGCCUAGAUGAACUCAUGAGAGACACCGAGAGGUUUGCAACCCCACAUGGCAAUGAACCAUGUGAUCUUAUUGAAGCACAACGUAGCACCUUGAAAUGGCACAGUCAUGUUGAGAAACAUCAAAACAAAGGCAAAAGGAAACAUAAUCGUGUGGAAAACAUGAGAAGGCUCUAUAUGCAAAGCAAAGAUCCAGAAUUGCUGGCUCCGGUUCAGGACCCAGAUGGGAUGGAACACUGGGAGCAAGAAAUGGAUGAGCUGGUGAAAUGGACUAACUCUCUCUCUUUGAAGGAACUGGAUGAUCCAUGAAAUUUCAUUUGUUUAUAAAAUCACAUUUGAACUUAUUUUUCAACAUAUUGGAUGAUACACUGAGGUUUAUAAUCUGUAAAUCCUUUUGUCUAAAAAAUAUUUAACAACAAAAUAAUCCACCCACUUGCCAUUUUUAAGAUUUUACAGUUUAUUAAGCAAAAUACCAAAUAUUUUUUUAAAAAUUUGAAUUUCUUAAAGAAACAAUGAUGAAAGGUAAACUACUGUACAGUAGAAGUAAAAACAUGAACUUCAUUAUAAAGCCGCAUUUGGUAAAAGCAUGUUAAUAAAAUGAUUUACUGUAAAAACUCCAGUAAACUGUACCAAAUAUGUAUGCUUUUAAAACUCUUCUUUCAGAAGUCAUAAUUUAACUUCAAAACAUAAUAUUGCAUUUAUAUGAGGGUAAAACUGAUCAAUAGCGCUUUUUAGGAAUUUGAUUUUAUUAAAUGUAAUGUGGGAAAGGACUGUUAAAACCCUGAAAUACUUUUGUAAUGUAACGGUACUCUGAAGCAUAUUGACAAAAUGUUAUAUGCUCUCCUACUUGUAAGUCGCUUUGGAUAAAAGCGUCUUCCAAAUGAAUAAUGUGAAUGUAAUAAAUGUUAAUACAUAACA